AUGCAGCAGAAGUUGAUAGCCAAGGACUACUGCGAGGGAACUCAAAAGGUGCUCAAUUUCAACAACUUCAGCCACGGCGACGAGGUCUUGCCGGCCUCGAUCCCAGGUGUCACCAUCGAGGCCACCCGCCGCGCCACUGAGCCGGAGCCGGGACACCCGAAGAAUUGCUCAGGGCCCCUAUUGAUCCUGGACACUCGCGAUCCCGACUUUCGCAGCUUUGACAAGGACCUGAAGAAUUGCGAGAAUUGCACCCUGAUGCUCUGGUCCAAGGACGGCAACCGGAACAAGGUCAACGACUGCGGCGAGCAUCCGGGUGUGAUGAUCAGCUUCAAGUACGAGGAGCUGCAAGACCUGAUUGACAUCGAGCUUUGGGAUUUGGAGGAGCCGACCUUCAUCGAGCUCUAUGGAAAAGAUGGCGAGCUGCUCAAGAAUAUCUCCGCACCGGAUGGCCCGGACCAGGACGGCAACCCGGCGGUGGUUGACCUCAUGACGGAGGGUGUGAAGGAGAUGAUCGUCUACAUGGGUGGCUCUGGAGGGGUCCGCAAGUGCGAGAAUUGCACCCUGAUGCUUUGGUCCAAGGACGGCAACCGUCGUAAGGUCAACGACUGUGGUGAACACCCGGGUGUGAUGAUCAGCUUCAAGUUCAGGAAGUUGCAAAGCCUAGUUGACAUCGAGCUCUGGGAUCUGGAGGAGCCAACCUUUAUCGAGCUUUACGGAGCCGACGGCGAGCUGCUCAAGAAUAUCUCCGCACCUGAUGGCCCGGAACAGGACGGAAACCCGGCGAUUGUCGAGUUGUUGACAGAGGGCGUGAAGGAGAUGAUCGUCUACAUGGGCGGCUCGGGGGCAAUCCGCCGGAUCCGGGCCUGCAAAGCCCCGGGGAGCAUCGUAGGUGACCCUCACAUCUACACCUUGGACGGCGACAAGUUUGACUUCUACCAGAACGGAACCUUCUCCGUGUUCCACUACGCUGGCCAGAAGCUGCCCCACCCCACCAAAAAGAACGCCACAGUGGACUGGCAGCUCUACUCCCACUACGGAGGUCCUUUCUGGACCGCUCAGGGCGUGCUUCUGGUUGAUCGCUCGAUGGGCUCCAUGCGGCAGGCGCUGGAGUUGACAUCGAAGGAUUGCCAGUGGUACAAGAAGGCCGGCAAGACCUGGUCCCCCGUGAAGAGCGGGCAGAGGAGCCUGCUGACUUACACGGACAAGGAGAGCGACACGGCCCUCACCAUGUUCGAGCACGUGCACGAGAAGAAGAUUGUGUUGAAGAUGAGGACCGAGACGGGCUGGAAGGAUACCUUGGUGCUCAAUACGGUGUGCAAGCCCAGCGGUAUCAACAUGCGUAUCUCUAUGCCGGACAUGGGAGAGAGCCGGUUCCUUGAAGGUCAGAUCGAGGUGGGCAACGGGGAGGAGCAGAAGAAGUUCGCGAGGAGACAUGCUACAAUUGCCGCGAGCAUGUUGCAGCUGAUGCCGAACCCAGUGCGCGAAGCGGUGCAAAUCCAUGUGGAGAACCGCAAAAGAUUCCUCACGACCUUCGUUGAGAAGUCCAAGCUUCCUUUCGCGAAAGCUGCGGCUUCAGGCGUGCCGAGGGGGCAAAGGCCGACGCGCCGCGACCUGUUCCCUUUGCCCCGCCUGCGGAGUUGGCCAGCUCACAUUGCUGAUGGAAAGCAGAGCCGCAAUGGUCUUUUGGCUUGUGCGGACUUGUGCUGUGCAGCAUUGAAUCACUUGAGCGAUGGCAUGCCAGAAACUUCGUGCUCUCGGCUGGGACAAGGCUGCACAGCUGCCCAGCGGGCUGUGCAAGAGCAUGUCUGUCAGCGAGUGGUCCGGUUUUGCACCCGCCUCAACUCCAUCAGUGACGGGCCGUUCUCCUACAAGGGAUCGCUGCAGACUUUUGGGCGAAACAGCGCAGGCUACGAACGCAUCCGUGGUGGCGACGUGGACCUGCCGACUCGCGCAGCUACGUGUGACCCUGGAAACCUCGUGGAUCCUGGACUGUGGGCAACUAUUUGUAGGCCAGGAGCUAUCUUUGAAGAGCCUCAGUCUUUCCAGCAGUGUUUGGGCUUCACCAAGACUUUCGGCAUGGAGAGAAAGGAGUAUAUUGAUCUUACUUGCAGAGAGCUGCGGUGCAAGAAGCUCCGCCUACGCACGCAGGUGUUUGGUGUUGCUGGGGUUUUUGCAGCGGCAAAGAGCACCAAAGGCCGUCAGCGGAAAAUCUGGGACGGCUCGGUCCUCUCCGAAUUUGCUGCUCAGCCUCCUAAGCCUUAUCGGCUGGCAAAUCCAAGCUCUUUUCUCGACAUCGUGGUCCGUCGUGGUGAACGCUUGUACAUGUCAAAGCGAGAUGCCGCUACUUACUUUGAUUUGCUUGCGGUCCCCUCAGAUCUGCAGCCUUGGUUUGGCCAGGAGCCUGUAGCACUGCACGAGCUUUUAUCACAAGGAAGAUUCGCACUGGCGGAAGUCAUUGGCUUUGUUGACGACCUUGCUCAGGGAGAAGGCUUGUUAGCGCAGACGCUGCUUUUUCCUGUGCAUGCUGCUUGGCCCAUGGGUUUCAGCUGGUCCUCCUGCGUGGCGCAGUCGAACACCAUCGGCUUGUUGACGGAUGCUGGCGUCGAUCCUCGUUGCAUCCUCAGCCUGGACCACGCGUUGCCUGGCUCUCAGAAGGAACUGUGUGCCGUGGCCACUGACGACACCUUGUUCUUUCAUCGCUGCCCGGCUAGGGGGCGUCGUACAUUGUCUAAGCUGGACAAAGUGUUUGACAAGAACGGUGUCGCCAGGAACGUCAACAAAGACAUCUCGCUUGCAGCUGAAAUGACUGCGCUCGGAUGUGACAUCUCAGCUGAGCCGCCUUUGGUGGAGCCGUGCAAGCAGAAACUGGCCAAGUUUGUGGCCGCUGUGUGUGACUUACUGGAGGCCCCCGCUGCCAGCCCUGCGGCGGUUAACAGCGUCUUGGGUACAGCUCAGUGGUUUUGUCUACUGCAACGCAGCUUGUUCAGCAUCUUCAAUGCAAUCUACAGGUUCGUGCAGAUGGAGCCCUCAUGGAAGCCAGCUCUUCUGCCUGCCGCUGUGAAAAACGAGCUGCUCGUGUGCUUGGUACUUUCGCCGUUGCUCCCUGCAGCUUUGGACAGGCCCUUUCUCCCUGAGCUCUUGGCCUGUGACGCUGCGCCGCAGUACGGCUUUGGUGUGUGUUCACUCGCAUGUGGGCGCAAGCUCGUUGAAGAAGUGGGUCGCUACUCUGAGCGGCGAGGUGACUACGUGCGUUUGCAAGCUGCAGAAGGGGACGAGCCUGAAGUGCCCAGGCUUGGAGUUCCACGGAAGUUGCCGUUUUGCAAGGGCGACUUCAAGCCUCUCAUUUCCACUCCGGCCAAGUGGCCCGCCCACUCCGGAGUUCUGGAGUGCCAUGGAGUACUGCUGACGGUGAAGUGGGUGUGCCGCAGUCGCGCACGACAGGGCCAUCGGGUCGUCGUUCUUGUGGAUGCCAAAGCUGCCAUCGGCAGCAUCAGCAAAGGCCGAAGCUCAGCAAACAGCUUGCGACGGUGCUUCGCAGCAUAG